ACAACUUUGGAAAGCACCCUGAUUCCUACGAAUUGGUAUAUCUCAUCCAUUUCGGAUAUUCUCUUGAGAAAUAUGAACCUCAAUAUUUGAGGAAGCGGAGCUGUUAGAUCGCGUAGGCUACGAUGUCUUCAACACUCGAAUAGUAGAGCCACAACUUGGACUUUGGGCAUACGGUUAUACGAAUUAUCCUAAAGAUGUGAAUGACGCUUUGAAGAACAUGACUAAAAAUAAUGAUGAGUUUACCGAAUUACUAAUGAAAAUGGAAUACGCUGAAAUAUCUGAUUUUAUCACAACACAAAAAGCUAUAGAGGCUAUCAAUGCAAUGAAUGAAAAGCAGCUGAAUUGUUUGGUAUUUUUUACUGCGCAAGUUAAUACGAAGGAACUCCCAAAAAUAAAUCCUAAGAAUGAGGCGAUCAAAACGAUCGUGGCAGUUGGCCUUAAUGGUACGGAUCCGAUUGACCUUGUUCCGGCGGGUGGUAAAGCGGUGUCUGUACCUUAUUACUACCUUGACGAAGACGUGACUAAAAUAGUUAGAGCUAUUGUAGACUAUAAUCUCCUCGUGCCAAUUUACAAGAAAUUGAAUUUCCAAGCUUAUUUUCCAGGGCCGCCUGAGGAACUAAAGUGCCUGUUUAUCGCUGAUCUACAUAACUUUGGUGUACAGGAGGAUAAGUACAGCGAUGAAGCAGAAUUUAUCUCUGCUCUUGGCUAUGACUUCUUUAUAAGAAGGGAUAUCAAGCCGAUGGGCGGAGUAUGGGCUUAUGGAUACACGCUCUUCCCAGCAUCGCCAGAACUUGACAAAAUCAGCGCGAACUUUAGUGCUUUCUCAAAAGAAGUGGAGAAAUUGGAAGUAUACUUCAGCGCAGAUCCACUGUCAACAUCUAGGGCAAUCAAUGUCAUCAACACGUUAAAGGAAAAUGAUAGUAGAGUAAACUGCAUAGUAUUCUUUUCGGCACAGAAUGACACUCAAUCGCUGCCGAAACUAAAACCAAAGAACAAAGAGAUCAAACGAAUUGUCGCAGUCGGUUACGCUGGCACGGACUUGACGGAUGUAGUAGAAGAUCGUGGUGUUGCUGUGAACGUUCCUCUCAACUACAAGGAUGAUGAUAUUGCAAGAGUUCUGCAGGCCAUUCUCGGAAGAUACAAGCCACCAACAAAAAAACCAUCCACAACUAUGAAGCCUUCCACAGCAGAGCAAAGCACCACACGUGCAACUGUAAAGCCAACAACAAAACGGAGCACAACAGUUGGACCAAAGAAAAAAUUGAGCUGUUUGUUCGUUGGUGAUAUGUACAACUUCGGAAUGAACGCCGAUCCAUACGAUACAGAAUUCGAACUGUUAUACCAAGUCGGUUAUGACGUUUUCGACACGCGUACGGUAGAUCCGCAACUAGGAGUUUGGGCUUACGGAUAUACUAAAUGCUCAAAAGACGUAAACGAGGCCUUGAAGGAUAUGAGCAGAAGUGGCAAGGAUUUCGCUGAACUGCUAUUAAAAAUU